UUUCCUGCGGAGGGGUGCGCGGCAGGCGGGGGGGCUUCAGCUGAGGAAUGGCCUCGCUGGACCUGCCGUACCGCUGUCCGCGCUGCGGGGAACACAAGCGUUUCCGGAGCCUGUCCUCCCUGCGAGCCCACCUGGAGUACAACCACACCUAUGAGACGCUCUACGUCCUGUCCAAAACCAACAGCAUCUGCGAUGCCGCCGUCUUCCCCCUGGCAUCCGACACCACCCUGCUGACCCCGGCGGCACGCCGGGACUACUUCGAGAGCACGUCCUUCCAGGGCAAGGAGCAGCGCUUCGCCUGCGACCUCAUCCCGGCCGACGAGCUGGAGCCGGCCUCCUCGCCGCGCUACGUGCACGAGAUCGAGAUCCCGCUGACCGAGAUCUUCACCCGCAAGGCCAUGAGCUCGGCCGGCACGCCCCCCGCCAGUGCCGCAGCCGCGGUAGCCGCGGUGGAUGCCGUCUACGAGGAAGGCUUGACCCGCCUGAAGAUCCGGGCUUUCGAGAAGCUGGAGGUGGAUGAGCGGCUGGAGAAGCUGACGGAGGAGGUGGAGCAGAAGAUCGCCUCCCAAGUGGGCCGGCUCCAGGUGGAGCUGGACCGGAAGAGCUCCGAGCUGGAGAAAGCCAAGCAGGAGAGCGUGAGGCUGAGCCGGGAGAAGCAGGAGCUGGAGGACCGGGCCACCGAGCUCUCCCGGCAGGUGGACGUCAGCGUGGAGAUGCUGGCGUCUCUCAAGCAGGACUUGGUGCUGAAGGAGCAGGAGCUGACCCAGAAGCAACAGGAGGUCAUCCAGAUAGACCAGUUCCUGAAGGAGACGGCAGCCCGCGAGGCCAACGCCAAGGUGCGACUCCAGCAGUUCAUCGAGGAGCUCCUGGACCGGGCGGACCGGGCGGAGAAGCAGCUCCAGAUCAUAAGCAGCAGCUGCAGUACCACCCCCAACGGCAGCCUGGGCAGGUGCAGCGCACCUGGCUCCAAGGGCCCAAGCCGACAGCGGGACAGGCACCCCGGCUCGGGGGCAGCUGCGCACAGCUCCUAUGUCGUUUCCAAUCAGAGGUCCUCCUCCAGCACUGGGGCCUCCAGCCGGGUGAAGGCCGUCUCCCAGAGCUCCGGCUGCUACGACAGCGACAGCGCCGAGCUGUACCCGACGGACGAGACCGCCGACGGGCACCACUACCAGGGCCGCGGUGUAGACGGUGGCUUCGAGCGGCCCGGGGUAGCCCGCAGCUCGGGGCUGCGCAGACAGGCCAUCCAGAACUGGCACCGGCGGCCCUACCGCAACAGCACCGAGGGCGAGGAGGGCGACAUCUCCGACGUGGGCUCCCGCACGACCGAGUCGGAGGCGGAGGUGUGGGAGCAGGAACCCCGGCUCCCCACCGAGGCUCAGCAAGCCAAUGCCACGAGGCCCGUGAGCAGCUGCAGGCUGAUGGCCAGGUCCGAGGGGGGUGCCGGGAAGGCCGUCAGGCCCGAGAAGGGCAGCCCGUGCCGCUCCAACGAGGUGAUCAGCCCCGAGAUCCUCAAGAUGCGGGCGGCGCUCUUCUGCAUCUUCACGUACCUCGACACCAAGACCCUGCUGCGGGCCGCCGAGGUCUGCAAGGACUGGAAGUUCGUGGCGCGGCACCCGGCCGUGUGGACCCGCGUGCUGCUGGAGAAUGCCAGGGUGUCCUCGAAGUUCCUGGGCAUGCUGUCUCAGUGGUGCACCCAGACCCACUCCCUCACCCUCCAGAACCUCAAGCCGCGGCAGCGGGGCAAGAAGGAGAGCAAGGAGGAGUACAUGAAAAGCACACGGGGCUGCCUUGAAGCCGGGCUGGAGUCCUUGCUGAAGGCCACGGGCAGCAACCUGCUAAUCCUCCGCAUCUCUCACUGCCCCAACAUCCUGACGGACCGCUCCCUCUGGCUGGCCAGCUGCUACUGCCGGGCUCUCCAGGCCGUCACCUAUCGGAGUUCGACAGACCCUGUGGGUCACGAAGUCAUCUGGGCGUUGGGAGCCGGCUGCAGGGACAUCAUCUCUUUACAGGUGGCACCGCUACACCCUUGCCAGCAGCCAACCCGUUUCAGCAACCGCUGCCUUCAGAUGAUCGGGCGAUGCUGGCCGCACCUGCGCGCGCUGGGCGUGGGGGGCGCCGGCUGCGGCGUUCAGGGCCUGGCAUCUUUAGCCCGAAACUGCAUGCGGCUGCAGGUGCUGGAGCUCGACCACGUGACGGAAAUUAACCAGGAGGUGGCGGCCGAGGUGUGUCGGGAGGGCCUGAAAGGCCUGGAGAUGCUGGUGCUGACCUCCACGCCGGUCACCCCCAAAGCCCUGCUGCACUUCAACAGUGUCUGCCGGAACCUGAAGUCCAUCGUGGUGCAGGUGGGCAUCAUGGAUUACUUCAAGGAGCCAAACAGCCCCGAAGCCAGGAAGAUGUUUGAGGAGAUGGUGAACAAGCUCCAGGCCCUGAGGAAAAGGCCUGGCUUCUCCAAGAUCUUGCACGUCAAGGUGGAAGGAGGCUGCUAGCCUUGCAGGGGGAGACAACGUGCCUCCUCCUCCGACGC